AAGAGAACCCCACUUACAAUUAACAGCCCAGGCAACAGCAGUCCAAGUUCAGAGCAAACCUUAGAACCCGUCCGAUUCUGUUUGGGCCAACAUCGCGGGACUUUUCGCUGACAGUUGACGUAUGCUGGGACCGCAAGCAAAGAGGAAAAUGUGGAGCUGGAAAACAAGGAAGAGCUGCAAUCGCAGCUGCAACCCGAUGGCCAAUUCCCCGGCACCGGCUUUAAUGCUCCUCCCCCUUAUCGUGUUCGCCCAUUUGGGUGUCAUCCUGGCUGACGGACUGAAGGCCGGCGGAUCCAUCGAGCUGGCAACCGGCAGCCCGUCACUGAACAUAAACAAUGACGACAGCAACAGCCUGGAGCAGCUCAUCGAGAUGAGGCUGAAUGAGUCCCAAUCCGCAUCCGUUCAAGGCAGGCAGUCGGAAGAGCUGUUGUCCAGGAAACGACGCUAUUUGGUAUUUCCGGAGGGCAGCUCCUUUCAGAUCGUGUACGACGAAAUUGUGGGAGUUGUAGACCAUACGAACUACUUGAUUCUGGGCGUCACGGUGGCUUUGGCCUGGGAGCUGCCCAGCAAGCCACCCAGCGAAGAACUGGACGAUCUGCUGACCAAGCUGGAGGAUGGUACUUUGGACAUAAGUCGCAACGACACCGUGUCGAAUAUAACCUACGUGGAUGAUGCAGCCAACGACCAGACAACGACCAGCAGUCCCUUGGAUUACAAACCAAACUACAUUAACUUGUCAAGCUACGGGAGUGGCAGCAACUCCUACUACAGUUCCUCUCCCGUUUUCCGGACUCCGAUGCAUCCGUCUCAUCAGUAUGCUGACAGUUAUUACAGCCGUCCGAAGGGAGGCAGGCGCAAAGACCCCUACUACUACUACGGUGGGCCAGGGAUGAGCUCCAGAAAUCCUUUCGCCAAGUGGACACGUCCCUAUACUCCUGCCAAGAACUCACGCUACCCCUACUGGGCACUCAACUCGAGACUUAAAGAUCGUUACUAUGGAAAUAGGCAGACACUAAGGCGACAAGAUGUACCUCCUAGGACAACCACCACCACAACUACCAGACGGCCCACUAGACCACCAGCACCGCGUCACCAUCGCAUAUAUCCAGUGUUUGGAAAGCGCAGUAUUCCGGAUGCAGAAAAUCCGCAUAAACGGCAACGCCGUAGUGGAGUGGCUAGUGAGCACGAGGAGCACUUGACCAGAUUGGAAGAGCUGCAGAUAAAGCAUCACCGUAGGAGUCGUCAGUCUUUGUACGAACGAAUCGAAAAGUAUUUAGACAAACGUGGUCACCACGGCUACCACUGUGUGCUCCGCACGCUCUGCGAAACGGGACAAAAGUCAGCGGAACAGGAGCCUGGCACAUUUGUGGGCGAACUAAUGCGAGCGGUGUUCACCAUUCCAGAGGCCUUGGACAACGAACCCGUCGCUUACCGAGACACCCACUACGACAAGGCACACGCCGCCAAACAGGACUGCGCCACUCUUUAUCCGGAGUGCAAACAGUCCAUGUGGGCCGCGCAGUUCAUACAAUAAACCCCCACAUCCCAAGUCCAUUGUAAUGAGUUUUAUUCAGUUCCAUUUG